CGAUAACACACAGGAAUGGCGACAGCAGAAAGUCGACAGAAGUCAAAGUGCACGGAGAACGGCAACUCUACAGACCUCAUGGACACACCGAGUCGGAAGAGAAGAGCUGGGGGAGUCUCAGACAACUGUUCAACCCCAGACAAGAAGACGUGUAACAGUAAUGGGCAGGUUGACCUGAACAAGAAGCGUUCGGACUACCUGGAGUGGGACGAGUACUUCAUGGCUGUGGCCUUCCUGUCAGCACAGAGGAGUAAGGACCCCAGUUCACAGGUUGGAGCAUGCAUCGUGAACUCGGAGAAGAAGAUUGUGGGUAUCGGGUACAACGGGAUGCCGAACGGCUGCAGUGAUGACAAGUUACCCUGGAGCAGGACAGCAGAGGACAGACUGGACACCAAGUACCCGUAUGUGUGCCAUGCAGAGUUAAAUGCCAUCCUGAACAAGAACUCGGCCGAUGUGAAGGGCUGUAAGAUGUAUGUGGCCCUCUUCCCUUGUAAUGAGUGUGCCAAGCUGGUGAUACAGUCUGGAAUCCGAGAGAUCAUGUUUGUGUCCGACAAGUACCACCACACGCCAGAGAUGACAGCAUCACGCAGACUGUUGGACCUGGCUGGAGUCAAAUACACGCAAUUUGUCCCCAAGAGGCAGAAGAUCACCAUUGCCUUUGACGCCAUCAACCCGACUGUCACCAACCCACUGGCCUCCAUCGCAUCACCAUGACAACACUGAAGCUAUCUUGGACACAUGAUGAGAUGAUGUAAUGAGAUAGUUGUAAGACAAUGCAGCAAGACAAUUAGAUAGGGUGCAGUUCUACACAACAUUGAAGGUGUAGAAUUUGGGAGAGAAGAAUAUUUCAGAGAAAAAAAGGUGCGGUCUUAGAACUUAAGCUCAGAUGAAUUGUCUUCUAGAAGUCUUGAGUACUUAACAAAUUUGCAAUUAAAAGGAAGGUAUAGAGGUUAUUUAAAGAAAAAUAUAUAACGUUAUAUUCAUUGUUAGAGGUGAGGUAUUGGCCUUCUAGAACACUCUAGUAGUGAAGUUUGUAUGUAAAUCAUGUUGGAAAUUCAACUGUUCACUUUUCACAAUCAAGUGAACUUGUGAUGUUGUAUGUAGUUUCAUCUGCAAGAAUGUUUUCCAAAGGUGUGCAAUGAAUUAACCUGGUUUGACAAUAGUGGAUUAAAGGGAACAGAUAUUCUUGACAUAAUUAUG